AUGGCGCAAGAGAACAUAAACGUCACGAAUGAUAGCAAGAAGCUGCGCACAUGUAAAGAGGACCAGGGAGAGCGACGCAGGGGACGAUUUAUUGUUAUCGAAGGUUUAGAUAAAAGCGGUAAAAGCACCCAGUCCAGUCGACUGGCCGAAUGGUUACGGAUAGAACACGGACUCGAGGUUAUUUCAAUGUGCUUUCCUGACCGCACGACAGAGAUAGGACAUUGUAUUGAUCAGUACUUGAAAAGCAAGUCGGAUAUCUCGCAUAAAGCGGCCCAUCUGUUGUAUUCAGCAAACCGGUGGGAAAAACAAACCAACAUCCGACAAGCCUUAGAAGACGGCAAAAUGGUCGUAUGCGACCGAUACGCUUUCUCUGGAAUCGCUUACACCCACGGCAUCUUUAAUGAGUCUCUUAGUUGGUGUAUGUAUCCAGACGAGGGUUUGCUGGCUCCCGACUUGGUGAUUUUCCUUGAGAGCGAUCCGAACAGGAAUAUGGCGACUCGCUUGGAGAGUGGCCAAAAGGAGCGUUACGAGGACGCAGAUAAACAGCAAAAGGUCGGAGAAGCGUUUCGUGCAUUCUAUGGAUCGCCUGGCUGGCACACAGUUGCCACUGGUGGGCAGAGCAUUGAGCAGGUACACGAAAAAAUCAAGUCGCUAGUGACGCCGAUCGUGGUGCGAUGUGAACACACCAAAGCGUGUGUUUCGAACACUGGAAAGGUCGUAGAACUUGACCUGCCGGAGGGGCUUGAUGAGUCGUGGCAUUUUUUGAAUUUCGUGUGA